UUGUUGUAAUAAGGACAUGCGAGACCGGAGAACAGAAAAGCUGAUUCCCAGGACCUUUUCUUCAAAAUAUGAUCUUUUCUCACCGUUAAGUUAAUAAUCGACAUCUCCCCCGCCAAAGCCUUCUUAUAUUUGUUGUAUAUCUUUCAUUUUCCAUCUUUCUUCUCUCUUAUAUAUCGUUACUACUGGCGUUUCGUGGACUUGAAGUCCUUGGGUUUUGUCUUUAGAUAUCUGCGGCUUCUGCUCCAUGAGCAGAUUCUGCUUGUUAUCAACCUGAUCGGAUUGGGGGCACUACCCUUAUAUUUCGGAAUUGUGGAUGAGAACUCUGAAACUGCGAUUUUCUUCAUACUUGGAUUGAAGUUUGAGCCCUUGAUUGGAUAUAAUUUGCUGUAUAUACAAAUACCCACAGUUUUUUUCCGGAUUACAUAGAUUUGCGAAGCUUCCCUUUGUGGUUCUGGAGAAUGGGCUGUUUCUCGUGUUUCGAUUCGAAGGAGGAUGAGCAGCUCAAUCCUCGGCAAGAAAUUGAUGAUCUUAAGCAAGGCCAUCCAGCUGCUUCCUCUCACAUUUCCAGAUUGCCCUCUGGAGCGGACAAGCUUCGCUCAAGGAGUAGUAAUGGAGGAUCCAAAAGGGAACUUCCCGCUCCUAAGGAUGGGCCUGGCGUCCAAAUUGCUGCCCAGACUUUCACUUUCCGUGAGCUUGCAGCUGCAACUAAAAAUUUUAGGCCAGAAUCCUUUAUAGGGGAAGGUGGCUUUGGAAGAGUGUACAAAGGGCGUCUAGAAAGCACGGGUCAGGUUGUUGCUGUUAAACAGUUAGAUAGAAAUGGCCUCCAGGGUAAUCGCGAAUUCCUAGUGGAGGUUCUCAUGCUUAGUCUUCUACACCAUCCUAACCUUGUCAAUCUUAUUGGUUACUGUGCUGAUGGGGACCAACGUCUCCUUGUUUAUGAAUUUAUGCCAUUGGGAUCAUUGGAAGACCACCUUCAUGAUCUUCCCCCUGACAAGGAACCGCUAGAUUGGAACACUAGGAUGAAAAUAGCAGCUGGUGCGGCGAAAGGAUUGGAAUACUUGCAUGACAAGGCAAAUCCCCCAGUUAUAUAUCGGGACUUCAAGUCAUCUAAUAUAUUACUAGAUGAAGGAUUUCAUCCGAAGCUUUCUGAUUUUGGUCUUGCAAAGCUUGGUCCAGUUGGGGAUAAGUCACACGUUUCCACCAGAGUCAUGGGAACCUAUGGUUACUGUGCUCCUGAGUAUGCCAUGACUGGGCAACUGACUGUGAAAUCUGAUGUCUAUAGUUUCGGGGUAGUCUUCUUGGAGUUGAUUACAGGCCGGAAAGCCAUUGACAGUACCCGACCUCAUGGAGAACAGAACCUUGUUACCUGGGCACGUCCACUGUUCAAUGACCGUAGGAAGUUUUCAAAGUUGGCAGAUCCUCGGCUUCAGGGACGGUAUCCCAUGCGGGGUCUGUACCAGGCAUUAGCUGUGGCAUCAAUGUGCAUCCAAGAACAGGCUGCCACAAGGCCCCUGAUCGGAGAUGUGGUCACGGCUCUAUCAUAUCUGGCCAACCAGGCAUAUGACCCUAAUGCAUCUGGUCAUGGUCACAGGGGUUUGGGUGAUGAUAAAAGGAGCAGAGACGAAAGAAGCGGAAGGAUAUCCAGAAAUGAGGAAGGUGGAGGAUCCGGGCGCAGAUGGGACCUCGAAGGAUCUGAGAAAGAGGACUCCCCGCGAGAAACUGCGAGAAUGUUAAACCGGGAUCUAGAUAGAGAACGUGCAGUGGCAGAGGCCAAGAUGUGGGGAGAAAACUGGAGAGAAAAAAGACGGCAAAAUGGGCAGGCCAAUUUUGAUGCUUCCAAUGCAUAGUGCUAUUAGGCGUGAUUUUCAUGUGCCACCAUCCUCAUACAUAUUAGCUGCUUAAUUUGCUUGCUUCUCAGUUCUCAACUUCUCACCAUGCAAGGUGAGGAAUUUAUUGAGAGCUGAUUCUUCUUUUAAGCUGCUCUACAUAAACCUGGCUACCCUGUUGGAUACUGCUGCCUCUGCCUCGGUUCUACUGUGUUUAGAAUCUUUGUCCAAUGGCCAUUUCCUGCCGUGGCCUUCACGUGAUGAGAUUUGUUGACACAAACUUUUAUGCAUUUUCAUUGGCCCUCCUGUAGAAGAGCAUGAGCAUGUUGGAGAGUGUACAUUACUUUGUUAGCGAAAAACUGUUAAGGAGUUCCUCCUGAGACAUUUCAUAAAAUCAGAACAAUACACAAAAGAUUAGCACGUCUUUGUGCAAUGACAUGCGCAAAUCAAGAAAAGUUACUUCCCGGUCC